AACCUGUGCCGAUCAAUUAUAACUUCUCACCUUCCAACACAAACUUCAGGUUCAUCUUUCUGACGACUUUGAGCGAGCCGAGCCCAGCUGUAAAAUGGCUACGAUGACUAUGAUGACACUGGUGGUGUUGGCCUGUGUGGCAGGCGUUUUCGCUGUUCCAACAGCCGCGCCCGCCCCCGCGGCAGAUGGCAAGUACAAGCACCUGACUCUGCCCAUCAACGAGCGCGGGACGAAGUUUAACGAAGAAGCGGACGUGGACCAUGACGACAAAAUCGUGCUCUUCACCGUGCCUGACCACAACACCGUGUCCAACAGCAAAGUCAUGCUAGACUAUAACAAUAGGAAGGUGAUGACCUUGUUUGAGAAAAGGAAGCAGUGCCUGCUGUCUGACAUGCCGGAAAGCAUGCCGUCGUUCGAACGCGUGGAGGAAGGACUCAACCUCGUCGCUGACCCCGACGUGCCGACCAAAAUCGUCCGUAAGACGUCUGAGGAGACGAACCGGCGGGUUCUGCUGGACCCGGUGUACGACAGGACCGGGCUCAGCGAAGAGAUGCAGAAGAUGUGCCGCGACUACGAAAUCCACAGGGUGGAGGAGAUCGGGGAGGAACCCGAGAUUGAGGAAGGAGAGUCAGAUGCCAAGACAGGAACCUCCCGAGUUCGUCGCCAGCUUGUCAUCAACUGCCCCCCGUUCCAGUGGCGUUGGCGCUGCACCCUCCGCACCAACAGCUGCAUCUACUACUACACCUGCGACAGUACCCCCGGUCGCCCUGGACAGCCACCAUCCAGCUAUGCGUGCACUAACAACCACCUCUACUCCGGUAUGGGAUGGCAGUGUGAGCCGUUCUGCCCUUAUAGCAAAGUCAUAGUAAACCUUACACAGAGCCAACACAGCAACAUGUAUGUGAAGCUUGUUGCACUCCUGUUACUGCUGAUACACAUGGUGUUCAGCAACAAGCCAGCCCUGGAGAAGACCUGGGCAGUACAGCUGGAGGGUGGGAGGGAGGAGGCUCAGCGCAUAGCACAGCGGACAGGGGUGACUCUGGUCAAACAGAUACUUGGAGACUACUAUCUCUUCAAGGAAAACAACAAUGUAAGACGAGCUCGUCUUAUGGAUAAGGAAAGUGAAAGGCGUCUAAAGGAUGAACAUUCUGUAAAAAUGGUGAAGGAACAGCUUCCUCACACCAGGGAACUUUAUGUGCAUGAAGAAGGGCAUCAAGGUGUGGUCUUUAAUGACCAGAUGUGGGGCUCUCAGACAUACUUGCACACUGGAGAUGUACAUAUGAACAUCCUACCAGCCUGGGAGAGAACACGGAAGGGAGAAGGGCUGGUGGUGGGGGUGAUCGACGAUGGAAUCUUUACCAACCAACCUGACCUGCGAGACAAUCUGGCUGCUGGUUUGUCGUACAAUGUCCUAGAAGAGACAACAGACCCAACACCAAGCUUUCCACAGGCAAGCCAUGGUACCAACUGUGCAGGAAUCAUUGCUGCAGUUCACAACAACAGCUUCUGUGGUGUGGGAGUGGCUUACAAGGCCAAGGUUUCAGGUAUCAAAAUGUUUGCUGGUGCCCAGGCAGAGUUGUCUGAUGCACAGGAGGCAUCAGCCCUCAGCCAUCAGUACCAGAGCAUCAGUGUUUACUCCUGUAGCUGGGGUCCAUCAGACUGGAACAACGCACUGGAAGGGCCUGAUACCGUCGCUAAAGAGGCACUAGUCAUGGCUGCACGAGAGGGCAGAGAUGGUAAAGGUUCAGUAUUUGUAUUCUCUACUGGUAACGGUGGAUCGUUGAACGACAGCUGUGCGUACAACGGAUAUGUCAACACCAACAACACCAUAGGCAUCGGAGGGCUGCUUCAGGAUGGCUCCAUCCCCAGUUUUGCUGAAGCCUGCACCAGCGUUUUUGCUGUGACGUUAAGUAGAGACUACACAGGGGACACUGCUAAUAUGGUUGUCCCCCACAGAGCAACAGGCUGUGGCAUGACCUUCUCUGGAACAUCCCCUGCUGCAGCCAUGGCAGCUGGGGUCUUCACACUUGUGCUGAGUGCAAAUGACCAACUCUCAGUACGGGAUGUCCAACAUCUGGUCACUCGCACCUCCACAAACACCGGGGUCUGUGGUCAGACUUGGAAGGAAAACUCUGCUGGAUUCAGAGUGAGUGACUACUGUGGAUUUGGUCUGCUUGAUGCUGGGAAAUUAACAGCAAUGGCUGCCAACUGGAGCUGUGUACCGGAACAAGUCAGCUGCACUCAACAGGGGGAGGGUGCAAGCAUAAACAUUCCUCAGAGUGGUGAAGUCCUUACAAGCAUCACCGUCCAGCAAGACAGCUGUGGGGUCAACUACUUGGAGCACGUCUUACUGACCGUCAGGGCCACCUUCCCCCACCGUGGUCACCUGCAGUUCAGACUGACCUCUCCAGGGGGCACCGUUUCCGACAUCGUUCCCGGGAGAGCCACGGACAUGGAGGCACACUUGGAGUGGACGUUCAUGACAGUCCACCACUGGGGGGAGAGAGCAGAGGGCAGCUGGCAACUCUCCAUACGAAACACACAUCCUCACCUUAGUAAUACAGGAAUUCUAGAGGGCUGGUCCCUUGUCUUCCUAGGAACUGCCACAGACCCUGUCAACUCCAGCACUGGUACAGACAGCACACCAGGCACAGAUACAACUCCAACGAGUGUCAAGACUUCUUCACCCUCAUCAGAAGUUUUCACAAGAAAGUCGACUUCUUCAAGAUUGGGAGCACAGACCACUGAUGGACAAACAACACAACCAACUACCACAAAGUUACGCACAACACAACCAACUACCACAAAGUCACACACAACACAACCAACCACUGCAAAGUUACGCACAACACAACCAACUACCACAAAGUUACGCACAACACAACCAAGCACCACAAAGUCACACACAACACAACCAACCACUGCAAAGUUACGCACAACACAACCAACUACCACAAAGUCACACACAACACAACCAACCACUGCAAAGUUACGCACAACACAACCAACUACCACAAAGUUACGCACAACACAACCAAGCACCACAAAAUUGCAAACAACACAACCAACUACCACAAAAUCUCCCACAACACAACCAAGUACCACAAAAUCUCAAACAACACAACCAAGUACCACAAAAUCUCCCACAACACAACCAAGUACCACAAAAUCACACACAAUACAACCAACCACUACAACAUUGCACACAACACAACCAAGUACCUCAAAAGUACUCACAACACAACCAAGUACCACAAAAUUGUACACAACACAACCAAGUACCACAAAAUUGUACACAACACAACCAAGCACCACAAAAUUGCACACAAGUACCACAAAAUUGCACACAACACAACCUACCAAUGUAAAAACACAAACAGUUACAGAAAUCAUCCACAAGCCUGCUCAGAGAGAAAAUCUAAAUACUCUACUCCCUGGCAUAAAUAUCCCUGCAUCUGCAGUUAUCAUAAGUGUUAUUUGUAUUAUCAUAAUUGUUGCAAUGGUAUUUGCAAUCUGGCAUUGUCGCCGAUGCAAGCAUAACUCACUUCAUGUAAAAAACGGAAACCCUCCAGUUUUACAAGCCCCAAUGUCUAAGGUGUCUUCACACUCUUCUAGACACAGAUCACCUCAGGUAUCCAACUUGUACUCUUCUGAACAAAAACCACCGAAAGAACCCAACUGGCAGUUGCACUCUCAUAGAUACAAAGUAGGAAAUGAGGAGGUCCAAAUCACUUUUAUUUAGCACUGGACAGUACUGCUAAGGCCACACCAAUUCAAUUCAAAUUUUU